AUGGAAGAACCUGAGAAAAAGAUUGCAGCCCAUGGGGUCAGAUGCUUUGCCAAGAUCAAGAUGUUUCUGAUGGCAUUAACAUGGGCAUAUGUAUCCAAAUCACUGUCAGGAACUUACAUGGUUUCCAUGCUCACACAAAUAGAGAGACAAUUUGAUAUCCCCACGUCUAUAGUUGGACUCAUCAGUGGGAGCUUUGGGAUAGGAAACCUUUUGUUGAUUCUAUUUGUGAGUUAUUUCGGAAUGAAACUGCACAGACCUAUCAUCAUUGGUGUUGGAUGUGCAAUUAUGGGCCUGGGGUGUUUCUUAAUUUCACUGCCUCAUUUCCUCAUGGGCACCCUCUGUGUCCUCAGUUUAUCUGUUUGGAUCCUUCUGUACCUCUGGGCAUUUCUACUUGGAGAGAUGAAUGAUGACCUGACCAUAACUCCCACUGAUACACGCUGGGUCGGUGCUUGGUGGAUUGGCUUUUUGGUCUGUGCAGGAGUGAAUAUCCUGGCCAGUAUCCUUUUUCUUCUUUACAAAAAAAAAAACAAAACAACAAAAAAAACACUCCCAAAGGAAGGAUUACAGGAUAAUGGGGAUGGAACUGAAAAUGUCAAAGAGGAGAAGCACAGAGAAAAAGCCAAGGAGGAAAACCGAGGAAUCACUAAAGAUUUCUUUCCAUUUAUGAAGAGCCUCUCCUGCAACCCAAUUUACAUGCUAUUCAUCCUUAUAAGUGUGCUCCAGAUCAAUACAUUUACCAGUACAUUUAACUUCCUGUCUAAAUACCUGGAACAGCAAUUUGGAAAAUCCACUGCAGAGGUAGUCUUUUUCAUAGGUCUUUAUACCUUACCUACAAUAUGCAUUGGAUAUUUAAUUGCUGGCUUUAUUAUGAAGAAAUUCAAUAUCACUGUCAAGAAAGCUGCAUACCUAGCAUUAUGCCUGUCCUUGUGUGCAUAUCUUUUUGGUUUCUGUGGCUUUCUGAUUACCUGUGAUAAUGUCCCAGUUUCUGGCUUAACUAUCUCUUAUAAAGGAGGCCAGCACCCUCUAUAUGUGGAGAAUAACGUCCUUGCUGACUGCAACACCAGGUGUAGCUGCUUAACAAACACAUGGGAUCCAGUGUGUGGAGACAAUGGUCUAUCAUACAUGUCAGCCUGCCACGCAGGCUGUGAGAAGUCUGUAGGAACUGGAAUGAACAUGAUUUCAAGGUGUAUGAAGUCUGAAGAGAAGUCACUUGGAGUUGGAAUACAUACAUUUUGCAUAAGAGUAUUUGGUGGCAUUCCUGCACCUGUUUACAUUGGAGCUUUGCUAGACAGAACCUGUUUACAUUGGGGAACUCAGAAAUGUGGUGAGCCAGGGGCAUGCAGAAUGUAUGAUAUAAAUAGUUUCAGGAGCAUUUAUCUUGGAUUGCCUGCAGCACUAAGAGGAAUAAGCUAUCUUCCUGCAUUCAUUAUUGUAAUACUUAUAAGGAAGUUCUGUAUCCCUGGAGAAAUCGACUCUUCAGAAAUGGAAAUUGCAGAGAUGAAGCUCACUGAGAUGGAAAGUGAGUGCACAGAUACUCACAGAAGUCAUAAGUUCAAGAGUGAUGGAGAACUGAAAACUAAGUUGUAAAGAGUUUUCUACUGCCCUGUGCAAGGCCAUGAACAGAAUGAACAGUUGACGAGUUUUGAAUCAUGAGACAUACAAUAGCAAACCUUAUCUUUAAGAACCUCAACAAUUGCUUUUACUCAUAAUAAAAAUAAUUAUUGAUAGAAUUUUCAGGAGGUUGGAGUAGGACUUAAGUUUUUCCCAGGAUAAAUUUCUAUAGAGACCCCUGCACUGAACAUUAAAGCUUUCUUCAUUUGCAAACAGCAUUUUCUUUUAUAUCAAGGGAAGUAUGUGUUUCCUGUAUAUCUUCAAAUAGCUUUAAAACCUAUUCCUACACUUGAUCUUAGCCAAAUGGCUGAGAAGCAAUUUAAACCUAUUUCUUAAACACUAUUUAAUUCUGUUGAAUUUAUGUUUUGGUGUUGGGAGUAUUUAGAGAUGAAAAUAUGCAUGUUGGUUGUGCCACAUUGAAAUAAUUAUUCUAUCUAUGCACAAGAUAUGUGCAUAUGUCUUUAUCUAGGAGUUAUUAACUUUUUAUUUCAGUCAUGAUGCUUAUGAGAUUAGACUUCUCCCUCAUCUAUCAUCUCCUGAUUUUAGUGCCUUCUUUCUUUAUUCCUGUCACACAUUUGAUCAUUUAGUUUACAUUACUGACAAACUUAAUCUGAUUAUUAAAAAUCACAUUGCAAAGAUUGGUGGACCUAUUUUUUAGUAGAAAUUAAAAUCUGGUCAUGAAACUAUUUCUUAAAAGAAUGUAUUUGAGAAAGCUAUUCCUCUCAAAGGCCCUUUGUGGAAAUUAGAUUGUACUCAGGGUUACAAUGUUUGCCUAAUACAUGUGAGACCUUGGGUUAAGAUCCAAGGUACAGUAAA